AUGAGCGCCGACAACAAGUACGCAGCAUGCUGUAGCAUGGAGCAAUCUCUCAAGGGCCCCAAGGACACAGGCUUCGCUUGCUGCGGGGGCGGCCACGACAUCGCAGGCAACAGAGAGGUUGGAUUUUUGUGCUGUCCAGAGGGCCAGGAUUUCGAUGGCCAUCUAUGCACAUAA